AUGAGUAGUCGCUUUUAUUUUGGUGGCUCAGACUCAGGUUCUGAUGUGGGCGACAACGAUGCGCCACUGCCGUUCCCAAAGCCAAUAGACCGCUCAGACUUCCUCACUCCCGAUUUCGAUCCCACUAGGUUCUUGUCUAGCUUGUCUGAUCGCUUUCAGACGCUGGAAGAUCUCCAGACUGAGUUACGUGACCUGAGCCACACACUCAACAAAGAACUGGUGGAUUUGGUCAAUGACAACUAUCAAGAAUUCCUCUCUUUGGGCAGCACUCUGUCGGGUGGCGAGGAGAAGAUCGAAGACAUUCGAGUCGGGAUGCUAGGGUUUCAACGAGACAUCAAAGCUGUCAGAGAAAAGGUCGAUGCGAGAAGGUUAGAGGUGACGGAACUACUGAAACAGAAGAAAGUACUCAAGCAAGAGGUUGGUGUGGGACGGGCACUGCUUGAGCUGGCAGAGCGUUUAGACCAGUUAGAAGGGAAGUUAAACAUUUCCCGUGGCAGGGCCUCAGAUCCAUCAGAUGGAAAAUUUCAGGAAGAAGAUAUACAAUGGGGUGAAGAGUGGACGGAGAUGGUCGUCAGUGAAAGUGACGAAGAAUAUGACUCGGAUGAAGGCGCUGUGCUGUCGCCCAGACUGAGGCGGAGGAUUGAAGAAUUUCUGAUUCUGAAACAUCUCGCCGGCAGGCACAGCCCGCGUCAUCCUUUUAUAUUGGCUCAGGAACCCCGGAUGAGGAAAAUCCAGGAGAUUUUGUUGUCCGACCUCGAUCUUACUAUCAAGGGAGAACCCGAGGGCAAGACCAAACAACAGGUGCUGCAGGUUCGCACUGCCGUGGAGCAUUGA